CUUCCCAAGUUCCCCCAGCCCAACUUGAAGCUCCUUCACGCACGGGCUCUCAAGCCUGCAGCCCCGGCUGCUCGCGUGUGCCUGCGGAACAGCUUCUGUCAGAACAGCUAUCGCAGUAUACAUCGCUUAGACUGUGUUAGCUCAACUGAUCAGCCUUCGCAGUAGCUUCGACUGUCAGCGAGAACGACCUCGCGAGUCUUGAAGAUCCGACGGCGUCCGUCGCGGUCGUAGCGCCACGUGCGUCGCAAUCUUUGUAAUCGUCCGCAUCGGGACUGGGGAAUGUGUUGAUCGAGCGGUGUAACAAUCCUCUUCAUCUGCUGCUGCUUGGACCAUUACUAUAGUCUAUAUCUGACCAACACCUACUCGGACAAUAUUCUCGUUUAGAACAUAUGAGGAGCUAGGGGGCAGUGUAUAACCAGGGAAGGUUUUGACAGCUGGUUGACACAAAUGCACCUCGAUCGAUCUUCUAUGGUCUAGCUGCCCAUCUGUUACCACCUGUUACCACCUGUUACCACCUGUCCGCCUGCAACCGGAGACAAUUUACCAUGGCUUUCGGUUCCGCUCCAGGGUCUACUCUGCUACGCGGCGCGCGGAAUUUAUUAAACCUUGGAACGGUCAGCUUGGCCUAUGUGCUCAUCGAAUUUGUCUGCACUCGCACGAAUUGGCUUCCUCCGCACAUCGCGGCGAAAUUCCCGCCCGGUCUAUGGGCGUUCCUCGGGAUUCUAGCUGUCAUUCAGGGUCCCCGGUACCGGCAUUUCGCGGAGGAGUUUAAGAACGUCCCUAAGUUCCUGGCGUGCCUGGGGUUCAUGGUGGUUACUUUCAUCGCGGAGGUGGUGAUGGUGCAGUUCGUUACAGUCGUCCUCGGUAUCGACUGGCACAAGACCGUCGCUCCUCUCCCCGACACCGGGCAGUGGAUCCUCCUGGGCCUCAACGACCGCCUCCCGUCGUCCCUCGUCGCCCUCCUCCGCGCGCCAAUCGUCGAGCUGCACGACUUCCUCAUGCUCUUCAUGCUGCUCGCCUUCUCCGUCCUCUUCGGCGCGAUCCCCGGCCCGGGCAUGGCGCUCGGCGCGCGCUACUGCUUCACCAUCGGGCUCAGCCGCGUGCUGCGCUUCCUCACGUUCGCUUCCACCAUUCUGCCCGCGCCCAGGCCUUGGUGCGCGGAGGCACGGUUUGGCGACACGUGUCCCAGGCACCCGCAUCCCUGGGCGGCCAAGUACCUGAUGCCUUAUAACGAGAAUCCCGACCUGCUGCACCAGCUGAUCUCCACAGAUACUGCUUUCGCUCCUGCCCAGUCCUUCCCACCUGAGUUUUCACCUGACUGGGGUGUGCUGCAGUUCUUGGUGGACUUCCUUCGCCCCAUGGACGCCCGGGUUCACGACGGCGCAGCAGCCACCUCGGGCGCCUUCAGCAGCUUCGUCAUCCGGCCCUACGGGGGCUGCAACGACCUUGCUUUCAGCGGCCACAUCAUCACCGCAGCCCUCACCGCGUGUGCCUGGCAGGAUGCAUACCCGGGUUGGGGUUCUUCCCUGGUGUGGAUGCUUGUGAUGCACGCGGCUCAAAGGGACAUCAGGGAGCGAUCCCACUACUCUGUCGACGUCAUUAUCGCUCUCUACCUCGCUCCACUCCUCUGGCAAACCACCCGGUUUCUUUGGUCCCGCCCCGCCCCCCGGCCCUCCCGGAAAGAGCUUCUAGGGUCGGCGCUAGCUAGUAAAGGGGAUGAGCUGGUGAAGGCAGUAAAGGAGGGGGAUUUUGAGAAGGUGAAACGGACGGUCGAGAUGGCACGGCACGAGGCGGAUGCGAGGGAGAAGGGGAAGGAUUUGGAGGGGGGUGAGGAGGUGGGGAGGGGGGAGAGGGGCAUGCAGAGGUAUUUGUCUCACCUGGGAGUGGCACUGAUUUUGACCAUGUUUGGCGUGGUGCUGGUGGCGAUUCUGGUGUCAGACGAAGGGCAUAAGGCAGUUCUGGAGAAGAAGUGAAUGCCGCAAUCUACGCUUUAGUUUUGAGACAUCGCAAAAUGUGAUUCUGGUGUCGGAUGAAGGGCCCAAGGCAGUUCUUGAAAGGAAGUGAGGUGUUGCAAGUGCAACUAGAGCUUGUGCUAGAUGUUUGAGUAACGCUAACUUAGUAAUAUCCUAGGAAUCUCUUGCAUCCAAACCGCAUGCGGUGCUUGGGGGGUGUUUGCAAAAAGGUGCUCUUGUUACUGGUUAUUUGUCUACAUACAUCAUAUUGUUCAA